UUGAGUGGAUUUGUCAUUUUUGUGAUAUCAGCAUGUCGAGUAAAUUAACUGUUUGUGGAGUAUGUGAAUACCGCAACAUCAACAAACCAUCAGUUGUCUGGUGUUCAGAAUGUGACGAAGGACUUUGUGAGGAAUGUAAAGAGCAUCAUGCAGCUUCAAAAGGGACUAGAAACCAUCAUAUUGUUCCAGUCUCCGAGUACCAGAAACUUCCUUCCAAUGUAUUGGAAAUUACUCAAACAUGUCCAAAACACGAUGAAAAAUACGUAAUAUUUUGUAAUAAGCAUGAUAGUCCUUGCUGUGGCCGAUGUAUUGUUGAAAUACAUAAUAAUUGCAAAGAUUUAAAAGCGAUAGAUGACGUCAUAAAGAAUGUAAAAUCUUCAAAUGCAUUCUUAGAGAUGGAACAAUUGUUGACAGAACUUUCAGACAAUUUGCAAAAGAUAAGAAAUGAUCGAAAUAAAAACAUUGAAAGUCUAAAGGAAAACAGAACACAAAUAGAAAAAGAAGUUCAGCAGACACGAAGCUUGAUUGACAAACAUCUGGAUAAGUUGCAAGAAAGUCUGAUAGAGGAGUUGCAUGCCGCUGAGGAACAGGAAACCACAAAAAUUAAAAACACAGUAUCAUCCAUACUAGACAAAGAAAGAGAGAUUGCAGAGUUCAAAACUACUUUAGAUAAAAUUAAAAAGCAUGCAUCAGACCUGCAGACUUUCGUAGCUAUAAAACACAUCCAACGCGAUGUCGCAAACAACGAACAAUUUCUGAAAUCGUUAAUAAAAGAAAAUAAAAUGAAUCAUGCAUCUAUUUCUUGGAAAAACGAAAAUGCUGUGGAGAAUUUAGCUACCCAAAUCAAGAGGAUAGGGACUAUUAUAUUGGAUACCAGAUCAGGAGAUGUAAUAUUAACAAACCGGAAGAACACACAAGCUCAGAUAAUGAUGCAAACUACACCUGUUCCUUCCAUUAAUGAUAUCAAACUUACUUUAAGACAGACUGUGAAAACAAUUGGAAGUGAUGUCAAUGAUUGCUCCUUACUUCCUGAUGGCAGGAUGAUUUUUUCAUUUUACAAUAGUCGACAAAUUCACGUCCUUAAAUCCGAAGGAUCAUUAGAUUUUACAUUGAAGCCGGGACCAAUAAUAUCUCAUAUAGAUUUUAUCGAGAGUAGUCAAAAACUUGUUGUAACAUCUGGCUUUUACAACACACAAAUUAAUAUAAUCAAUCUUAUAAACAAAAAAAACGAGCAACGUAUUGAUGUUGAAACAAACAGUUUUGGAAUAGUUCACAAAGAUGGAAAAUUAUUUUAUAAUGGGGGACGUUUUGGAUUACGUGUUGUAAAUUUAGAUAACGACUCUAAUACCCGGUUAGUUAACGUUUCAUUUUCUGAAGAUGCAAGCGUUGCAAUUUGGUCAGAUAAUCUUUAUUUCAUAAACAAGGAUGAUUCAGUAACAUGCUGUGAUCUUCAAGGGACACUUAAAUGGAAAUUAGAACUUGCAGCAGUUCUUAAGACGGCACGAGGUAUUACAGUGGACGCGUGCGGGCAUGUUUACGUAUCAGGCUAUACAACUUCAAAUGUCGUCGUAAUUUCACCAGAUGGAAAUAUUCACAAACUAUUACUGUCAGAGAAAGAUGGUUUAAAAUGCCCGCAAGCUUUGUGCUUUAAUCGAAAAAAUAACCAGUUACUUAUUGCUGACAACCAAAAUGAUGCAUUUCUUUAUGACGUUUCAAGAUAAUUUGUUUCAAUACAAGUAUCACUGAUAUAAAUUUCUCUCUAACAAGUUAUUCAUUUCGACAGAACAAUAAAUGCACUUAUAGUUAACACUUCAGUUGAAGUCGCUACAAUUCUUUUUUGUAGUCGCAUUCUACUUGAGAACAUUUGGGUA